AAUGUCAACCGGCGCCAUGUUUGAUUGGGGCAAUACUUCCUUAUGCCUAUCCGCUAAGUCUCCGUCAGCGCUAGCAGCCUGCGAGUGGGCGUGUCCGGAUGGCUCGCUCGGCGAUGCGAGCUGUGAUUGGCUGUCGGUUGUCUCAGUGUCACGGUUAGUCCGCAUCUUCCCCGGAAGCAGGAAGCGGCUGCCGGCGCUCGGUACGGACUAGGCACUCCUUCGCCGGGCCGUCAUCGCGGACACAAGGGGAAACACCGCGGGGGCGCUCGGGGACACCGGAGUGGAGAGCUCGCACCGGGAUAGGGGUCCUGGCUUUAAUAGUCUGGGGAGGUCGGGUCACCGGGUGUCAGGAUGCUGCCUUUAUCUAUCAAGGAUGAUGAGUACAAACCUCCCAAAUUCAACCUGAUGCGGAAACUGUCCGGCUGGGUCAGGUAAUGCGGGGAGUGGGUGUAUAUUAUACACGGUAUAUUAUAUACUGUAAUGAUUGUGUCUGUCUGGAGUAGCCAAACCUCCUAGCCCCCCCUUUACUCUUUAAAACUACAACUCCCAUGGUGCUUUACCAGCCAUAAGCCUUUCAAAGCAUCAUGGGAGUUGUAGUUCUAACACAGCUGAGACUCACCCAUUUUUAUCUGGUUUUGCCCCAUCCUUCUGUAAAUGCCCCAAUGUACAUGUCCAGGGGGUAAAAUCCGAUGGAUGGAUACCCUCUCCUGUAUUGGUAUAUGUAUUGGAUGCGACUGUACACGUGGCAAAGCCUCCCAGAUAGGACAUAGGGAUGGCCUGUGCAUAUUAUAUUUAAUGGCUUCUGCUCCAAAAUAAUUUCACAUGGGUUUUACUGUGAAUUAACUGGUAAAGCGAAAUCCUACAUAAUUUAGUUUAGAUUAUUGCUCAGUCACCAUCCUAUAUGUUGUACUUUUUUGUUACUUUUCUCCCUGAAUACAAUCUUGCACUACUUGCAGCUAUUAAAUGCUACAGGAUAUACUACUCAAAUAUUGCUCAAUGCUGCUAAUUCCAGUGUAGCUGUACAGCCCAUAUUACUCACACUCUAUAUAGCUUAUUCAUUUUCUGUCUGCAGCCUCUCAUUAUACCAGAUGUGGUGACAAGUGACUACUUCAGUAUUUAUAUGAUGCUCUAUUAUUAUUAUUAUGGAUUAAUUGCCAGCGUAUGCAGAUUAGUAGGAUCACCUUUUGGUGUUCUCAUUGCUGUGAAGUCCUUAUAAGCUAUGUAUGUUCUAUUCACCGGUUUUUCCUCCUCUCUUCCUUGGCAGAUCCAUCUUUUCAGAUUCUACAUCCAGGAAUCUCUUCUGUUUUUUGUGUUUGAACCUGUCCUUUGCGUUUGUAGAACUUUUCUAUGGAAUCUGGAGUAACAGGUAACAUUAAACUAUCCCAUCAAUGUACAUACUAAGAGUAUUUUAUGUUUUUCUACAUGUGAUUCUGUCUAGUGUUGCUGCAGACAGUUCAACAUUUAAAACCACUUAUCAAUAAUCAAGGCAUUAAAGUGGAUUUAUAGUCGCAAAGAAUACAAUGAAAUUAUUUAUUUCUAACCUUAGAGAUUGGCUUCUAUUGCUUUAAAUUAUGCCAUCCCCCCUUUAAAACAAUAAUUUUAGAAAAUGCCAAAAAAACACUAAUAAACUUACGGUCAUUUUUGAGAAUUUGUUGAUGGGGAGAACAGAAAGGACCACUCACAGGCGGUCCUUCUGCUUUUCAUCCUUCGAAACCACAGCAUAUAUGCUCUGGUUGCUAUGGUAGCUCCCUACCCUGCGCUAGCUGGGCUGUAUAGAAUCAGAGUGAGUCAUUCCAUUGAGGUGCCUGCGUCAUGGAGUAGGUUUUCCCUCCUACUCUGGGAAGCAGGUCGGGCAACUGCAGGUUCUGGAUCUUGGUGCUGAGGGGGAAAAAAGGUAAGUAAUAAUCUUUUUUUUUUUUUUUUUUCUCCUUAGGUUUCCGAUGGUCCUGACUAUAAAUGCUGAGGAGAACACUACAGUGUUAGGAAUACAGAUUUGUAUUCCUAAAGCUAUAGUGUUCCUUUAAAUAGCCAAGGUUGGAAAAUAAUUGAUAAGGAUUUUUUCCAUUGACUAAUUUAGUCUAAAAGUAUUUGCCAACAACAAUUGCUCCCUAAAGGAGUGUGUGUGACAAAAAGCGCUUCAAUACAUAUUCCAGAACCAGCAGCUCAAAAAACACGUGAAGGAAUACCUUUUUGACCUUCACCUUCAAUAAAUGCAAAACAAAAGAAGUGUUAUAAGCAUAUUUCUUAUAAAUUGGGUGGUGGAGCACUGAGUGGUGGCAUACAAAAAUAGGGUAAUAUUCACUUUUAUUACCUUGAUUUUAAAGGUUGUAUAGUUGCAAUGUAACAUUUAAAAGAAAAUAUAAAAAAACAGUGCAGAUUCUCUGAAUGUAGCUUCUUCGGUUAAUCAUUGCCAACCGAGAAAGCUACAUUCAGCGAGACAUGUUUUGGCAUCGGCAGAACCGUACUACCAGGACUGAUAAAUGCACUUGACAUUGUUUUUACUAUUUUUAUAGAGGUUUUUAAUAAGUUUAAUAAAUAUUUUGGCUUUAUCACUUUAUGGUAAUCCUCCUGCUUCAGGUUCUAGGUCCCUUGUUUGGGGAAGUGCCACCCCAUUAUACUGACACUUAACACUUCCACCCUGGAGCCAAGGAUACAAGUGGCUCUAGAGAAGGUGAGAGUCUUUGUUUUCACAGAGAUUAUCAAACUUCUGAAUAUAGACAUACUACACCAUGUUCUGCUUACUUUUGACUUGUAUACCUACUGGAAGAAGGUGGGGUGCCGCCUAUAAGAGCACUUUCGCACAAGUAUUGAGCCUUGAUCAUUUUAGGCUCCAAUAAAUGUGUGUGUGGUACCAUUCCACAUUAAGCACAGAUCAUUUUUAUCUGAAUCAAUCUGCACUAUUUUUUUUAUUUUCUUUUACAUGUUACAUUGCAACUAUACAGCCUUUAAAUCGGGGUAAAAAAAGUGAAUAUUACCCUAUUUUUGCAUGCAACCACUCAGCGCUCCACAAUCUGAUUUGUAAGAGAUAUGCUUAUAAACCCUUCUUUUGGUUUUAAUUAUUUAUUUAUUUUAAAAUAAAGUCUUCACAAUUUCCCAGUCUAGUUCACUUCAUGUGCCCAUUAAUUCCUAUAAAGUCAGUUUGUACUUGUAUAUGUCAAUCCCCAGUAAAGAUCCCUACUUCAACAUAUAAUUGGCAAGGGUUCCCUGGCCUUUUGGCCAUCCUUAAAAGUUCACUCUGUGUGUUAAAACUACUUUAAUUUAGUAUAGUGGUUAAAGUGCAAGACCUCUUUAAGAGGAAACCCAUAUAGUUUGAUGCAACCUGUGACACUCAUGGUGUUUAAAAGCCAGCCUAGCUAUCCAAAGAAAUAAUGCUUAAAUACCUGUACACAUAUGGGCAAAAAUGACUCCUACACUCCCAGCAUUCUCAGCCAAUUACUACCAUCUAGAUUGAAAUGUGGGAAAAAAAAGUAUAUAUUAUCUUGGUAGCAGUAGAGUGGAUUGCCUUUCAAUACCUAGAGAGCCCCAGGUUUUGGCAAACUACUUGAAGACUAUUUUACAAAAAACUAGAAUGAUUGCACUAACAGACUCCUUUCACCACAACCACUACAGUAAGCUGUAGUGUUUUUGGUUUUUUUGUGGUUAGAUUGCCCCUAUGUAUAUGACACUAAUUUAGCCAGGUAUAGGGUUUCCAUUUUUUAGCUUGAAGUUGUUUAUGUUGCCCUUUGCCCUUAUUCCCCAGGAAUCUUGCUAAUAUUUGCAGUUUUUGCAUGUUUUCAUGAUGUGCUUGUGGUCUACAUUAGCCAUUUUCAACAUGUGAAAAUGCAAUACUCAAAUUCUGUAUAUUUGUUUGUUUCAGUACAUUUCUCUAUCUAAUUUUUUUUUUUUUUUUUUUUUAAGGCUUAUUGUCCGAUCACACAGUAUUUUAAAAAGGACACUUAAUUAUUUGUAUCACUAAUCUUAUUAAAGCUAAAUGUAUGAACUGUACCUCUGGAUACCAUGAAAAAACCAGUUUUUAGUUAGCAUUUUCAGGAAUGUUCUGCUCCAUAGUGGUUUAUCUGUUCCACGUACAUAUAUUUUUGAAUGCCAUUUGUACAGAGACCUGGAGCUGACCAUUAACUUUGUACUAAAUGUAACCACCUGUCUAGCACGUGUUUUUUGGGCUUUAAGCAAAACUAUAUUAACUGAAAUGCAUUGUUACAGGGCACUUUUUACUUUAGCUUUAUAUUCCGGAUUUCACAACUUCCCUGCAGUGCCGUUCUGUUUGCUGGUGAUUGAUGAGUGUGCUUUUCUGUAACCCGCUCCUCAAAUACUCUAGAUUCCUCUUGCUUACCAGAGGCCACCUCUAGAUCCAAGGAAAUUCUGAGAGUUUGAAUUUCACUUGUACAUAUGCUCAGUGUGUUUUUAAUCUAUGGCUUCCUAGCUGAGUUUAAAUACUGUGUUUCCUUGGUGAAGAAGACAGGGCAAAUGAAGGAUGUUGAAGUAAGCAUGUUAAGUUAAAGGGUGAUGAGAAAAAAUGUCUUAACAAAGAGAUGGCCUUUCAGGUUCCUUCUGCUAGUGGUAUUUCUGCUGCUGUUCUUAAAUAUGGUUUGCGUGUUCCAGAGCCAUUUGCCAAAUACCGUAGGCGAUUGGACAUCCCAUUUUUCCUUGUAGUAGACCUGGCUUGUUGAAAUGAUAUUGGUAAAAAUGAAUGAAGGUGGUGACUUUGAGCACUCCCACCACACCGCUCCUGCGAGUAGGAAAGGCUGUCUGACUUGUUUAAUGUGAGGAGUCAAUGCACGUUCUUACCAUACAUAUAUUUGUACACAAAGCUUUCAUGAAUGGGCUGACUAGCCAGAGGGUGGAGUUAUCGGUUCAAACAAAUAUGAGUGCUGGGGGAGGAUCUUUGCACAAAAACCACAACUAUAAGCUGAAGUGGUUAUGUUGCGUGGAGUGUCCCCUUAAUUCAAAAUUCAUAUCAUUUUUGCUGAUGUAUGAAUACAUCCCUUAGGUAUUUCAUGUAAGCCAACUACGUAGAAGGUGUGAAUGUGUUUAAGGAGGACAUUUGUUCAUUCCAUCCAAAUACAAUUUUAUAAGCCGGAAACCCACAGAAAUGAUCCAUUUCAAGUCUACAAAAACUGUUGUAAAACUACAAUUUCUACUACACUUUAACAGCUUUAGUUCUAAAGCAGCUGGGGGACUACGUUUUAGCUACCCUUGCGCAAAAGUUAUAAUCCAGUCUUUUUAAAGGGACAGAAAUAUUAAUCCAUUCUUAAUGCAUAUUAAGAGAUAAUGGUACUAAAUUAGCCACAUCUUUGUUUAUUAAAAAAAUAUUGUGCGUACAGCAAAAGGUAAAGAAAAUGCGCAUUAAAACAUUUACUAGACAUAUGUCUUUUACUGUCACUAGAUUGUGCAAUACAAGAUCACAAGGUACUUAAACCUUUUUUAGUGUAGCGCCUGUUGUGACAUGAUUAUCUGUCUGUUGUAAACUCAUAUUAUUGCAUGCAGAAAUUUAGGCAAGCACUUUAUCUUCAUUUUCUUCCCCACUUGAUUAUUUGUCUGCCAUAAUUCACUGUUUAGUGUAAACGUAUAAUGUGUGUUUUAUUUCUUAUCUUAUUGUUUAUAUGUCUGCAGUUUGGGCCUGAUCUCGGAUUCAUUUCACAUGUUUUUUGACUGCACGGCAUUGUUAGCUGGAUUGGCAGCAUCUGUCAUCUCUCGAUGGAAAAAUAAUGAAGCUUUCUCUUAUGGGUAA